UUCAACAAUAUGAAUAUGACAGUAUUGACAGUUAUGGCACUGACAAGUUUUUGUUCUUGUUAUCUUGUACAUUUUUUUUACUUUUUAGUAUAGAUGGUUUUUGAUAAAAAUUGGAAAAAUUUCGACCAUGCGAAAUGGCUACGAUGAAUUUAAAUGAAAAUGGUGUUCAUCACUCAAUCGUCAAUGGUAAUACGGAAUGGGUACCUCUCACGCUAACUUUGGUGGAGUAUCCCAAAGGUGAUUUGAUUGGGAAAGUUUUGGCACUAAUCAGCUUAGCCCCAUUUGGAAUAGGCUCAGGAUUUCUAGCAUUGAUACUUUUCAGACGUGAUUUGCAUACAAUAACAUUUUUCCUUGGGACACUAUUUUCUGAAGCAAUGAAUUACAUUCUUAAACAUACUAUUUGUGAAGCAAGACCUUUGCUAAGGGACACUGUCCAUGUGGAAUAUGGUAUGCCAUCAUCACAUGCUCAGUUUGUCUGGUUUUUUGCUACUUAUGUCAUAUAUUUUGUCUUCAUCAAGUUACACCAUAUGAAUAACAAUACAAUCAUUGAAAACUUGUCAAAAUUUUUGAUUAUUUCAUCUUCCUUUUUAAUGGCAGUUCUUGUUUGUAUAAGUAGGAUAUAUUUGGAGUACCACACACUUUGGCAGGUUCUCUGUGGGGCAAUUGUUGGAAUACUUUUUGCUACUAUUUGGUUUGCCCUAACUUACCUUGUGUUGACACCAUUAUUUCCACAAAUUGUAUCCUGGAGAAUUUCAGAAAUUCUUUUAUUAAGAGAUACAACAUUGAUUCCAAAUGUGUUAUGGUUUGAAUACACUAAUACAAGGCAAGAGGUCAGAGCAAGAAGCCGUAAACUAGUCAGUAUGAAGUCCCAAUGACAUUUGUUGGAGGACAGUUUCAAUUUUAUGUUGCCAUACCCUAUGGUCUAUGUUUUCAAGACAUUUGUCUAUUGGCCAAGGAAACGGUAAUUGCUGAGGAAAUUUGCUGAAACUGUUAACAAUCAAUAUUUUUAUAUGCAGCUUUUUAUGGCAUAUUUUGGUU